CAGCGCUGCUUUUGCUUCUGCCGCUAACAGAUGGCAUGUGCCGCUGCCGCUGCCGCUGCCCCCGCCGCUGCCGCUGAGAGCGGGACCCCUUAGCCGCUGGGUUUGCGCUAGCAGCAGAAGGUUUCUGAAAAGUGCCUUUUCUGAAAACUACUGCUUGGAUUCCACUCUAGAACUGUCUCUUUACGAUCCCCACCCCCCGACCUGUCCCUCUCCCAACCUGGUGUGCUUGUAGUUCACUCUCAGUAACGUGCCCAUUCUUUUUUCCCUUUGAUUCUCCGUUUUCACGGUCAUUUUCCCUCCUCCUGAUUUUGCAGCAAUUUUUUUUACAGUCCUGACAUCCUUACCAAUAUUAAUCAUUAAAUCAAAGAAAUAGGAAGAAAAAGUUUUCUCCCCUUGAUCUGAGACCAUUCCACAAAUUGAAGGGCAGCCAGCAGCAUAUGCUUUUUGCACGAGUAAUUGAAAACAUCAACCUGAGAGCACAGAAUUCUUUUGAAAUCCUGCCAGUUAUUUGAAGGAACUUCAGCAGAGGAACAAAUUAAACACUCAAUAUCUUAACCUUUCUGGUUGCCUUCUUAGGAGUUGGUCUCUAAUUUGAUUUUUAGUUACUCCGGUACAAGUUUUAUUUUGUGAUUGGCUCUUUGUUUGACUAGACCAAAUUUUGGCUUAAAUGAAAACCUAAGUGCUAACAAAGAAGCAUUUCACCAAAGCAACCUGUUAUCUCUUCACAUUUAGCUUGAAUUCAUUUUUGACCUUUUAACAGCAGUAAAGCUGUCCUAGAGAGGGUGCCCUUGAUUUUAACUUUGCUUUCAAUAUGACGGCUGUCAAUGUCACCCUGGUUCGUGACACCAAGUGGCUGACUUUAGAAGUCUGCAGAGAAUUUCAGAGAGGAACCUGCUCGCGAGCUGAUGCGGAUUGCAAGUUUGCCCAUCCGCCGAGGGUUUGCCACGUGGAAAAUGGUCGUGUGGUGGCAUGCUUUGAUUCUUUAAAGGGUCGGUGUGCUAGAGAGAACUGCAAGUAUCUCCACCCUCCUCCACACCUAAAAACGCAGCUGGAAAUUAAUGGACGGAACAAUCUGAUUCAACAGAAGACUGCCGCAGCCAUGUUCGCCCAGCAAAUGCAGUUUAUGCUCCAGAAUGCUCAGAUGGCAUCACUUGCUUCUUUUCCUGUGAAUCCACCACUUGCAGCUAAUCCUGCCAUGGCUUUCAACCCUUACUUACCUCAUCCUGGGAUGGGCCUGCUUCCUGCUGAACUUGUACCGAAUGCACCUGUUCUGAUUUCUGGAAACCCGCCUCUCGCAUUGCCAGGAGCUGCUGGUCCCAAACCGAUGCGUUCAGAUAAACUGGAGGUUUGCCGAGAAUUCCAGCGUGGAAACUGUACCCGUGGUGAGAACGAUUGCCGCUACGCUCACCCUACAGAUGUUUCCAUGAUCGAGGCAAGCGAUAAUACUGUGACCAUCUGCAUGGAUUACAUCAAAGGGCGAUGCUCCCGGGAGAAAUGCAAGUACUUUCAUCCUCCUGCUCACUUGCAAGCCAAACUCAGGGCAGCUCAUCACCAGAUGAACCAUUCAGCUGCCGCCGCCAUGGCCCUUCAGCCUGGUGCACUUCAACUGAUACCAAAGAGAUCGGCGCUUGAAAAGACCAAUGGUGCGACUCCGUUCUUUAACCCCAGUGUUUUCCACUGCCAGCAGGCUCUGGCUGGCCUGCAGCUCCAGCCACCAGCAUAUAUCCCUGCAGGGCCCAUACUGUGCAUGGCACCCGCUUCAAGUGUUGUGCCCAUGAUGCACGGUGCAACACCUACCACUGUGUCUGCAGCAACACCACCUGCCGCCAGCGUUCCGUUCGCUGCAACAGCCGCAGGCAAUCAGUCGAAAUUCUGAACAACAGAGCUAUGGAGUAUCAGGAUCUCUCCGUGAGAACCUCCAUAUGGCCUUUCUAUAUAUAUUCUCAUAGGUCUUCUACCAACACAAGAAUAAGUGUGGUACAGUCAAUAUAUUAAACAAAACCCACUUACCAACCAACAAAUUCAAACAAAAAUACAGCAUUAACCAAUCAGUGCAGAUGUUAAAACAUGAAUAGAAAACUACCAUUUAUCUUAUCUGAAUUAUUAGGUGGAACAUGACCGUAACAUUUUGUCAUUUGUUGCAUUAUUCUUUGUGAUUUUCCAAUAACAAAUAUGCUGAGUGAAUCUCUACAGUGGACUGUUGGCUUACUGUGCAUUCUUGGUGGAUAAAUGUUCAUCUGUUUUGAAGUGUUACCUUACUGUUUUGUUUACACAAUAGUCUAUCGGGUUGAUUUAGAAUGUAGCAAAUGUAUCCAAUACCGUUUUUCCCACUAUUGUAUUGUAUUCUAUUGUAUUGUAUUGUAUUGUAUUGUAUUGUAUUGUAUUGUGGUGUGAUGUGAUGUGUUAGGUUUUUACAUACUAUAGUGUUUUCCUCUAGAUGUGUGGUGUUUGAUUUCAACUAAAAUAUUACUAAUGGGAAGCAGAAAUAUCUGUGUUUAAAACCAUUACAGAUUAAUAUUAAUAUGCUUUCUCUCUCUUUAGAACAUGUCGGUAGGUUUCUUGGGGCAGACUUUUAAAAGGCCUCACUUUUGAGUGUGCGCAAAGCCUGUUCAUAAGCAUGCAUGUGUAUAAUUUGUACCUGCAGAUCUGACCUUGCCUAAUACAAUCACGUGAGUAGGUAUUUUUUGUGAGAGAGAAAUAAUUACCUGCAAAAAAACCCAGGAAACUUCUUGAAAUAUGAACCUCUAAUCUCACUCCUUAAGAAGCUUGCAAAAUUACAAUUUACCUGUAAGUGAAUUUCUCUGCAUUUAUCCUAAAAAGAAUUAUGUAAGGUGCCCGUUUCAUUUUUUGUGGUUCAAGGAUCCUAUCUCCUAGGUUGAGCAUCUAAAGCUGAGCCAUUUGUCAAAUUCAGCUGAAAAUUGUUACUUGGAGGCUUAAAGGUAUGCUAAUUGUAGGUUAUAAAUUAAACAGAGAGAUGGAGGGGUAGAGAUAGUUUUUACAUUUUGGAGGAAAGUGUGUAAAAAAACCAUUGCAACGUAACCUUUUACACAAGUGCCAUUCUCUGAAUACAAAUGGCUCGUGCUCUUUAGACUUGUCUUUGAAUAAUAAGUAAGCUCCAAUCUUGCAAAAGUCAGGGUGAAGGAGAUUUGAUUCGAAGGGAGGCCCUUGUCCCCCAGAUGGACAGUCUUCCAACUGAUCACAGUUGGAGCCCGAGUAUGGGUUUGGAGAAAUGGCGGGGUGGCGAGGCGGGGUAGGAAGGCAUUUUAAAUUAUUCUCUGAUUUACUUAAAACUUAUAGGAGGGCUGUCCACGAUUGUCUUUAGCUUCCAUUCAACUGAAUUUCCAGUUCUGCUGACCCCUUCAGUGAAGGAGCAGGUGCCUAUGCCGAGUGCUGCCCUUCCCAGACUUGAUUGACAAGAGUCUCUCCUAUCAUAACCCAGCCAUUUGUUUGUUUCUUUAUUUAGGUCUGUUUGUUUUUAUAUGUAUUUGAAAAUUAUAAUAGAGAGGUUUUUAGCACCCUUUGGAUGAAACAGACCAGCUAUACCCCAUAGAGCUGAGCUGAAUUCACAUUACUAAUACUUAUGAAAUAAUUUAUAACCAAGUAAAAUAGUAAUUCCUAUGGCAUGUGAUGUAGCUCCUCCAGGUACUCAGCGAUUAAAGUUACUAUUCUUACACAGUGCUGGAACCGUAGGAUAUAAUAUUUGCUACUAAAUAUUUAUUCUUUCACUAGAAGGCAUGCAAUCAUCAAAUUUAACAUGUAAACCAGGUUUAUUUUCCUGCAUGAAAAUGACAGGCAAAGAGAAAAUUCCCACUUAGGAUACCUUAAGCUGGCUAGCAGCAUUUGAAUCACAGAACGAUGGAGUUGGCAAACCCUUCUCACAAUCGAUGAAACCGAGGCCUAGGGCACGUGACCUGCUCAAGGCCACCUACCUACCUGAUUGGUGACAGUAAGACCCUGAACAACUCUCCUGACUUUCUGUUGUUCCUCUGUUUCACAUUGUUUGUGCUUCGGAACAUUUGAGACCCCAUCCCGAAGCAGAUCAAUAUAGCUCAGGAUACAAAAGAGCAAAAAAUAGCUGUUUGGUAUGUGAUAGCCUGUUGUUCUUAAUUCGCAAUCCCAGAUCCUGAUCAUCAGUAAUUUCAAGACAUUGUCAUCUGUUAACAGUAUUGCCUGGGGUUACAGAAUAAGAGGUGUCCUGACUUUUACCUGUUGAUUCCUUGAACCACUUAAUUUCUGUUUCCCGAAAUCUUAACAUUCUUAGAGAAGAAAGUAGUGUACGCCUUUGUGAAAUGACUUGUGUGUAGAGCUGAGUUUUGUGUAACUGUGCCAGUCCCUUUCCGGAAGGGCAGAGCUAAUCCCACAAAUCGGGGAAGGAUACACCUGAGCCAGACUGGUUGUAUUCCUUAAAGGGGUUAGAGAUGUUUUCAGUGCAGAACGAACUCUUUUUGUGUCAUUCGACGUUUCGCGAAAGCAUGCUGUCUCAUUUCACCUUUGAAACUCCUGGAGAAGAUGCACAUAGACAAGAAACCUAGAGAACAGCAGUGUUUCUGAUGCUGUGAGCACUGGAAGACAUCAGUAGUGACUUAUUUUUUAGUAAGAGGGUCCGUGAAGGAUAUUCAGGGUAGUUGUAGGUUUGGUUCCAUAAUAUUUGAUAAUGGCUGGCAUUUUACAAGUUGUUUUGUAAAUGAAUUUAAAGAAAGAAAACUCAAAGCACUUAAGUUUGGAUCAGAUGUGAAAGAACUUUGACAAAAAGGCAAUUUUAAGAUAGCACUCUUUAAACUAGUUGUGCAAUGUCUUAUUCAAAUUAUGUUUAUUCAAGAAAAGAAGAAAGUCAUUAGACUAUAAAUUCGCAGUUCAAAAGCCAAGUCACAAGACUAAUCAGUGACUCUAAACAACAAUUUACUGGAUGAAUUGUAUAUAUUAAAUUCCAACCACUUGUGAUUCUUAGUUAACAUUUUAUAAGCUUUGUAUAUGACAAGGGCUUCUAUUCUUAUUUAUCCAAAAUUAUUGUCUUUGUCCACUUCUCUCACUCAGCCUUUUGCAAAAUUAGGCCAGAGUACUGAAACUUGGAUAAAACAGGUCAGGUAUACAGAGAAAAUCAUCUAGAAGUUAUCUGUUAAGAGGGUUUUAGUAGUAUCCAAAAUUUUUUUUUCAAAAGGCACUAUGUGACCAUAAGUAUAUUUUAAAGAGGGAUAAAGAUUAAAUUAAAACCAAAUGGAUUCAUAAAAUUGCUACUUAAAUACAGUAUUUACUUUGACAAUUGGAGCAUGAGUCUCUAACCAGCUGUUGCGUUUCAUCUCACGUGUCUAGACUAGAGUCUAAUUUGUAGUUCGUUGUCAUGUGAAAAGCCAUCUUCUCCCUCCUCCAUCCACCUUCGCCAUCCGUUUUUUGAACAUGUGAAAGCACUUUGAUCUUGCCGUUAAGUGUUGUCCUCUUUUUGUCUCUUCUCCAUUUCUACACACGUUGAAAUAGAAGUAGGGAAAUCUGAUUCCCCAGUUCUGUUGAAUAGAUGUAGGAAGAUAGUGGCCUGAUUUUUCAUUGUACCAGUCAGUGCCUGUCAAAGGCACCGGAAUGAAUAGUAUCGAAAAGAGUGUCACAACUUUUUUUGCAAACUUAGUUGAUUGCGUCAUCAAACUGUCGAUUUAAUUACAAGAUCUGGGUUCUGAGCACCAAGUCACCGAUUGGUGCCAUGUUUUCAUUUUUCUUUUUUAGUUUUUAAGGUUUUCAUUUUACUACGUUUUUUUGUAUCUAAGUAACUCAUGAACUUAAUUUUGAAGGAGAGUUAGAGAAAGGUGGAUUUUACUACAUGUAUUCAACCCACCUAGAUAGGUUUGACACUGAUACUGAAGCAUGACAACAUAGAGAUUAUAGUCCAUAGUUAUUCCUUACAGCUCACAGUUUAAGAACAAACUUAACUUUAUAUACAAAUAAUAAUUUUUAACUAAUUAUAUUUAGUCGUUGCUUGAGCAACAAAACUACAACAUGGCUACCUUUAGACACAUUUUUUUGAUAAUAAUUUUACUUGUAAACUAUACAUGGUUUUUGACAGUAUGAGCCUGUAGAAGGUACAGCUCAAAACUCAGAGAACAGAUCUAGCGGAAUUUUCCUUGAAGCCCAAAUUGCCACGCAAACGCUGAAUGUGUGUCCUUGUAUGACUUUGGGAUCAAAAAGUUUACAACACAUGGAUUCUAGAGUCAGCUUUAUAGCUUAUAGAAUUUGUUGUGUGGAUAGGGUUAUUCCACAGUGUUUAGACUUCAAAACACAAUUAUUGCAUUUAUAAUCUAUUACCUGACCUUUUUUCAUGACAUUGUGUUUUCCAAAUUACCCCGUGCAGGAGGCGUAGCUGUCACGGCAAAAAUUCUCUUUUCUGGAAUUGUGUACUCACACAAAUAUAUCCAAGUGAGGAUUGAAGAAUGAUGAAAGCCUAUUUUGAAAUGAAUUCCGAUUUGUAAAACCACGCAUAAAGAUACUGUGGAAUGACCCCUUAACAGUGUUUGAGAGGCAUAUGCUGCAGCCAACUGAUGGUCUCAGUUAGGGUGCGACUGUGUGAGAAACACCUUUUUUGCACUUAUGUACAUAGUCCAUGAACACUAUGCUUGGAGUUUUUGUUUUUUUUUAAUAUAAGAAAUCUGUGAUAAUAGUGGAAAAGUUAGUAAGAUAGAGGUAUUUCUAAGGCCUUGAGGAAGAGGGGGAUUUUGCUUAAGAAGACGUAACUAAAGCCUGAUGUUGCUUUGCUGUUGCGGAAGCUUUCUGGUUUGCUACAGGUAGGUCACCAAAAGAAAAGACUGGUAAUGGGUAACAGGUCAACUUCAGCUAAUAGCACUGACUGAAAGUGACAGUACUUCUUCUUUUACCAAGCAGGACCAGUAGCACAGAUUGUUUGCUUUUUAAAUUUACUCUCCAUUGUAAACACGCACACACACACACACGCACACACACACACACGCACCAGGCAGGGUUCUGGCACAGGUUUUCUUUUUUCAAUGGUUGCAAGCAGUAAAACACCCUGUAAGUUACAAGAUGGAGAGUCCCAUUCUGAUCAACAGAGAUGUCAUCUUUGAUAGAAAACUCCAUAUUGAGAGGUAUCAGUUACAUCAAUUAAUACCCAUUUCAGUGACAAUCAAAUUGUUAACAUUCACCACUAUUUCCCCCUUUAAAAUCCUUAUCCUAAAACCAAAUCGGCAACCAUUGAAAGACUUAAUUUAACAAUCAAGUGUGGCCAGCUUGGGGCAUUUCGUUCCCUCUAACAACAACAACAAAAUACCCCUGGCACAGCUGUUCAGUGGAAGCUGUUUUCUGACUUCCCUUUACCAGAUUAGCAAGUGCUUCACUGUGCCGCUACAGCCUCCCACUGCUUGACCUAACAGAAGAGAACCAGUCCCAAUCUUACAUAUGGAGCUGGAAAAGAAUGUUUUAACCAGACCGCCCCUGACAAUUGGAGCUCCCCUAUCACGUACCAGUCACCAUUUCACUUUUUGUCGUCUCCAGGCAAUGAGGUUAGAUGGAUGACCAUUGGUACUUGGAGUCUUUCACGUCUUGGGGUGUGUCACCCUCGCCUUGGAGAAGUUACCCACCCUGGGAUUAAGGGAGUUGGUAUUAGUAUCACCUACCCAUGUUGAUGGUCCUCAUUUACAGAGACAGGAAGAUACGCCAAAGCCAGCAAGCAACCAAGCCUUAACGGUUGUCCAAUAGCUCAGGGCCAGUUGGUUGGCAAUUUCUCUUUUUCUCCCUUCAGCCCUUAACCAUUUAGAGUCACCUGUACAACUAACAGCCCGACCGUCUGACCAGCAUUUCCACUGGUAUAAAAUGUAAGCAUUCAUGCCUUCUGUAGUUAGGGACUCCCAACUCCAACCUCAUCGCCAACAUACUUUCCCAACUUACCCUGUGUUCUUGUGUUGACACUUCCUUGUGCAUCUGUAUGCCACGAGAAUACACUGUCAUGAGGUCAAUAGACAUGUAAGAUUUUAAAUGAGGAAUCAUCUAUAAAACAGUAAGAAUGAACCUAGAAGCAUCACAAAAGAUAACCGAUUAAUUGAUGGCAUGUUGUGCACACUGACAGCCGUUGGGUCACGCUCUUUGGAGCUCAGACACAGUGGCUCUAUCUCAGUAAGUCAAAUUAGAGAAUGAAGUAUAAAAAAAUGUGAAUGACUCGAGGCCAAAAAGGGACCUUUGUUAUUAAACCCGGGAAAGGGUUCAGUUUGACUAGUUCAUACAGUUUCCAGAGCCUCCACCUGGCCUGGAAAGAACCAUCCAUUACUACUCCAAAGCAGGAUUAUUCCAGGAAAUUUGAUCUUUAAAUAGAACCCAUCCUCAAUUAUAGCAUGCCCGAAAGGAAAAAAUAUAUCACUAUAAAAUAAGCCACAACUAUUUGAAAGUAUUGCAAAAAUUCUCACCUUCUACAUUGUACACCUUCUACAUUGUAUUACUUUAAUUAAAAAAAAAAAAUACCUCUGUAACAAGACCUAAAAGUAACCCAACUUUAAGCCAUGCUCUUUUCUCCCAAACACACAACGUAAAGAUUUAUCUGUCAUAGAACUGCAUGGUUGCAAAGCUUUAUGUCUGUAUACAGAUGCUAUUUGUUCAUGAUGGAAACCAAAUUAUUCUGUUGCUGUGUCUUUUGUGUCUAGCAGUUGAGAGAAUGAUCUGGCCAUCAUACCCUUGGGUUCUGGGGUUGCCCUUUUCAAAAUAAAUUUCCUUUUAUUAUUACUGUUAGUGCUUGAUUAUUUGCAAAUGAGCCAUUUGUUAUCACGGCCCCAAGUUACAAUCUUUUAAAUGUAAAGAUGUUCCUAAAUGUACUCUUUUUAAAAGAGCUUUCUGUAAUGUUUGUAUAACAACGUUCCAGUAUGAUGUAGAAAAUGGAAGCAAACAUUUGGGGCAGAAGAAUGCCCAUUUUGAGAUACCCGUGGAGAAGAAAAUUAUUAGCCACAUGCAACAAUUAACAGUUUAAAUAAUGACCACAAUAGUUCAGAAAUGUAAACUGUUCGCAUCAUAUUUUGCCUCCAAAAUGCAAUAGUUCAUUCCCUCAACUGCUAUCAAUAGGUUAGAUGCUUUGACUUUUUUUGUUUCCCCCCCCCCCAAAUUAUAGUGCUCUACUGCUUGUUUGUGUUUAGAAGUGUGCAUUAUGCAGUCAUUUUAGUAUGCUACUUCUGCAUUGUUUAUUUUUGGUUCUUUUAAUAAAAUGUGUAAAUGUC